AUGUCGCCGCCUCUUCGCGUCAAACCGGUCCGGCUCCCUACUUCGAACUCAUCUAUCCCCCAGCAUGAGCUUGUUGAUGAGGAACUCUGGUCGAUUUACGACUACAAACGUUACUACCCCGCUAAACCUGGAGAGAUACUUGAUGGCCAUUACCAAUUGCUCGUGAAGGUCGGCUGGGGAAAACACUCAACAGUAAAGCUCGCGCGAGAUGUCACAAGAUACAAUUGGCAGUCUGAGCGGACAGUGGCACUGAGGAUAAACAAUACCAAAAGCCCUGGAUUCGUCAAUCGUGAGCGUGACAUCGAAAACCACAUCGCACGGCGAAACCUGUCACAUCCUGCCCAUGGGGUCAUCCAAACUUGGAUUGAAAGCUUCAAGGAUGGAUGGCCCAGAGGGGAGCCAUUUAUGCUUGGCAUACGAACCGAUGCGGGAACCGCUCUGGAUCUUCCAGAAACGCUUGGCGUUCUUUCUGAUUUCAUCAAAGAACACACUACCGAAAUUUCCAUGCAAUACAAGACUGAUCCAAUCACCGGCCGGACUAUCUACAGCUGUCACGACGACUUAGGUCCCCUGAACGCGAAGGAGCUGGGGAGCAUGACUACCAAGAUUGUCGACUUCGGCCAGGCGACUUGGCUCGAGAGUGGUAACCCGAAACUGGAAGCAAUUGGCCUCCAUCCCAUACAGCCGGAUCACUGUUGUGCUCCAGAGGUUAUCCUUGGUUGUGGCUGGGACGUCAGCGCUGAUAUUUGGAACUUUGGUGUUCUGUACCAAUGGCCUACGGCUAUUCCAAACGGCGCAGGCAAACUGUGCACCAACGCGCAGGACUUCUACGGUAGACCAUUUUUCAACGAAAAAAGCCAAUUCCUUUAUGAAGAUUUGAUACCCACCCGGACCCUCGAAUCAGCAGUUCCGUCAUCUCUGGAGGAAGAGAAGGAGAGGCUAGUCUUUCUGUCGUUCGUUAGUGGCAUGCUCACUUGGCUUCUGGAAGAGAGGAAGAAGCCUCAUGAGUUGGUGAAGCAACCUUUUCUUGGUUUUGGGCAGCAUUAA